UCCUCCACACGCUCAAAACGCUCUGUCAUGGCGUCCUCCAACAAUGUUACCCCCACCAACUGUGGCUGGUGGCCCAUCUCCGCCAUGGACGAGGACGGCAAAAUCCCAGACGGGAACGAGUGUGAAGACCCCACGGCGGAGCCCAAAGGCGUCAACAAAGACAGGCUCGUUUUGUACCACUGGACGCAGUCUUUCGCCUCCCAGAAGGUCCGCCUCGUCAUCAACGAGAAGGGUCUGGUGUGCGAGGAGAGAGACGUGAGCUUGCCGCUGCAGGAGCACAAGGAGCCGUGGUUCAUGAGGCUCAACCUGGGAGAGGAGGUGCCCGUCUUCCUCCACGGCGGCAACAUCAUCAGUGACUACAAUCAGAUUAUAGACUAUUUGGAGGCCAACUUUGUGGGAGACACGGUGGGUCAGCUGCUUCCCGCUCCAGACUCGCCCGUUCACGAGCGCGUGCAGCAGUACCGUCAGCUGCUGGACGGUCUUCCCAUGGACGCCUACACACACGGCUGCAUCCUCCAUCCGGAGCUCACCAGCGACUCUAUGAUCCCAAAGUACGCCACUGCUGAAAUACGUCGACAUUUGGUCAACGCCGCGACAGAGCUGAUGAAGUUGGACCACGAGGAGCCCCAACUGACAGAACCAUACCUGUCCAAGCAGAAGAAGCUCAUGGCAAAGAUCUUGGACCACGAUAAUGUCAACUAUCUGAAGAAAAUCCUGGGAGAGUUAGCGAUGGUUUUAGAUCAAGUGGAGGCUGAACUGGAGAAAAGGAAACUGGAGUACCAAGGUCAAAAGUGUGAGUUGUGGCUAUGUGGACCUGACUUUACACUAGCUGAUAUCUGCCUGGGAGCCUUGCUGCACAGGCUCAAGUUCUUGGGACUUUCUAAGAAAUACUGGGAGGACGGCAGUCGGCCCAACCUGCAGUCCUUUUUUCUGCGGGUGCAAAAACGCUACGCUUUCCGCAAAGUCCUGGGCGACAUCCACACGACACUCCUCUCCGCGGUCCUGCCCAACGCCUUCCGCAUGGUAAAAAAGAAGCCGCCGUCCUUCUUCGGGGCCUCCUUUCUAAUGGGGUCCCUCGGGGGGAUGGGCUAUUUUGCCUACUGGUUUUUAAAAAAGAAAUACAUGUAGUAAAUGCUCUCAGUGUGUUCAAUGUCUGUGUAUAUGUGUGAUGUUUGAACUUUUCUGUAACAUUUGAGGACUGCAGGAAAACCAUAUUGGAUAUAGGAAACACCGAUACUUACCCGGGCGAGUAAACAUGUGAAGACAUUCCAUAUUAAGACUUGAUUGCACAUUUUCUGGUAGUCGCGGCCUUCAUCGAGCUCACUUGCUCUUGUGUUUGACGUAUGUUGAAGGCAUGCAACCGGUUCACUUAUACAGAAUACUGUACUUCAUUCAAACGUGUGCAGUCAGAGGAGUUAAGUGCCAUUGGCAUGCCCACCACUUGUAUAGUCAUUACUCAUAGCGGCUAAAACCACUCAACCACAGGAAAAUGUAUUACUUCUGACACCGCGCUGUUUUCGGUAGAAGAAUCAGGGCCCGUGUCCAAAACAAAAAGCAAUCAAGAAGAGUAAUCUAUUUCUAAAGCGUCGAAAAACCUUUAAAGUUCUCCUAAACUAAAACAUGCUAGGAGUGGGGAAGAGGACUUUUCAAAAGCUUAGGAGUUGUCUUAAGCGCUUGACAAAAUGGCUCCAAGAUAAGGAAAAUACAGCUAUGACAUUGCUAUAAUUUCCAUCCAUUUUCUGUACCGCUUAUUUUCACUCGGGUCACGGGUUGCUAUAAUUUCAAUUAAAUCAAUUGUAGUCAGUUAUCAUUGACUUUUUUUGUUGGAAAAAAAAAUCUAAUUUUUCUCAAAAUAUUUGACUUGACUUUAUCCUAAAAAAAAAAAGACCUAUAAAUGAAUUCUCUCUAAAAAAAAAAAAAAAGAAGAGAAUUCUAUUCAGAUUAUGACUUUAAAUCUGUAAAAAUAAGACUAUCCUUGACAAAGUACAAUUUGGCUUCAUAAGAGUACAAAAGUUUAAAAACCUUGUGUAAUUUUAUUUACCACUUUGCUAAAAAAAAUUCCAGCUAUUUCCUUGAAAAUAUUGCUGAAAAAAAAUACUGUACAACUUUAGCUAUUUUAUCUGAUUUAUGACUUGAUCCUUGAAAAUAUACAACUUGAUACUUAUACAACCAUUACUUUUUUCGUCCAAAACUACUUAUAUGCUAAAAAUGAAUCUAAAAAAAAUUAUUAAUCUGUUUAUUCUCCAAUUUAUUCUUGACAAAAAUUUUACUAAUCUCAUAAAAUUACCACUUAUCCCUCCCCAAGAAAUGCUACUAUUCUUGAAAAAAAGGCUUUAUUCUCAAAAGUAUGAGUUCUGAUUUUUUAUGACCAUUUUUGAAAAGUACUUUAUUCUCAUAAGCAUGACAUUAUUUCAUUGAAAAAAUACAACUGUGCUAAAAAAAAAAAAAAGAAUAUUUUGAAAAGUAUUCACAAUACUAUUCUCGUAACUCAAUUUUUGUGUCGGAAAAACUUUUAUUCUUGAAAAAAUUCGACUAUUGUAAGAUUUCCUCUUCUUUCACUCCACAAAUUGGCU